AACUGGAAAAACUAUUCUGAGUGGCAGGAACAGCUGUCUCUCAAACUAUUCUUGCAUUGGUUUUGUUUAUGCUGUAAAACAUUGCCAGGUUAUGGAAAUUCAGCUCUGAAUAGAAAAUAGAGGACUUUGUUGAAGUACUGAAGGUUCAUUUGAUAAACUGAGACCCUAAAGAGACAUGGAGGCUGUUUUAGGACUGUUGGUGAUCUCAGCAGGAGUGUCUCAUGGUAAGAAACAACUUUAUGUGUUGGCUUCCCUCUUCUUUUUAUGCAGAAUAUAAUAUAAGGAGUCUUGUAUAUCAUGUAGCAGAAAUGACGGAUGAUGAUAGACAAUAUUCAGAACACUUAGAGACAGUUUUCUCUUUACUCACUGUUCCAUGAUAAUGAUCACUGACUUCUGUUCUCUAUUACGUUGAUGCUGUUGGUUUGGUUAUACUGUUAGUCGCUUGUAUCCUCAUCUGAAAAACGAUACAUGACUUGACAUGGGUUAGAACAGUGAUAGUCACUAUCGUGUAUAUUUUUCUUCCUGAUCUUCAGGCUUGGAGACUUCCUGUGAUGCUAGAGAGGAUGGAUCUCAGUGUUAUGGAGCUCUGGGAGGAACUGUCUAUCUCCAGCUGAUCACUAAUGCCACGGGAAAUGUUGACCUCACAUUUUGGAAAGGCACAAAUGUUACUAAAAAAGAGAUAGUCAAAAUUAAGAAUGACAAACUGGUAAUAAGAAACAGCACCAUUAAAGACAGAGUACACUUCUUUAGAAACAAUGGGACAUUUAGGUUAAAUAACACAACAAGGAAUGAUUCUGGUAAAUACCUGCUAGAAAUAUUUCAUGACGGGAAACCAAUCAGCACCAGUGGACUACAACUGUUCAUUGAAGGUAAUUAACUAACUCUUUAUAAAGUUAAUGUUGUCAAAUCAUUAUUACAAAUUAUAACUUUGACAAGCUCUACAUAUUUCUCUUUGGCUAAACAAAAAAUAUGUGACUACCUAAUAAUCCAAAUAAUGAGAAAUGCAUUUUACGUGUAACCAUGGAGUCAUUUUUGUUUCAUAGGCUACUGUAGUUGGUACAUAGAGUCAUAACCAUAUCCAUCAACAUUAAAUCAUCUGUUGGUUAUUUGAAAUGCCGUCAUUGUGUAUCAUGAAUCUGCUCCUCCUGUUGACUACAGUAGCUUCUGUGGCUUUCAAGAACAAUGGCUGGUGUUGUGUUCUAAUGUGUUUUGACCUCUUACUACAGUUACAUAUCCUUCUUCCCCCACAGCUCCAGUGUCCUCUCCUCAACUGUCCUCUGACUGUCUGUCCCAUGGAGAGAUGAGGGUGUCCUGCUCCUCUGGGGGGGACGGUCCCCAGUACAGCUGGACUCUGGAUGGACAGACACUGAGAGACACUGAGGCCUCUCCUGGUGAUGAGACAAACACCAUCACUCUGAAGAAAGGCCUGUCUGGAAAUCUCACCUGUACCGUCAGAAACAACAUCAGCAGUGUUGCUGUCAGCAACAUAAUCUCACACUGUCCAGGUAAGCUACUGUUUAAUUUACUUAGUUAUAAAUACAUAUUGUUAUGACCAACAAGAUCAAUGAUUAAUUAUAAUAGUUAUGGUGAUUAUAAUGAUCAAUGACAAAUACUUAACAAUGAAAAUUGACCUGUUUAGAAACAGCAUUAUCCAUUUGCCAGUAUUUACAUGUAAUUCAGAUACGCAUGUGAUUACUUUUAAUUUGGAUUGCCUACAGGGCUCACUUAUGCUAACUGCACCUUAACCAACGGGACAAAGAUAUCAGAGUGGGUGAAUGCCACUGGUAGUAUCCUGUGUGUUGAGCCUACAACAGUGGUGACUGAGGCCUACACCAGUAAAACCUCCACUGGUAAGGGCCUGGGGCAUGACACCCUAAUGACCUCCAGACCCAGCAAUCACACCCAGGGCUUGACUAACAACACUAGUACUAACUCCCCUCCAACCCUUUGGAUUUUUAGUAAGUGAUCAUGCUUAUUCUGAUGUAUUAUUGGUGUCAUUAUUAUCAUGAAGAUGUUUUUACAAUGGAGCUUCACUCCUAUGUGUUGUUGUGUCUUUGUCUCUCUUAGUCCCAGAGAAAGUAGGGAUGGCAGCAGGGUCUCUGGCAGGAGUGGUCCUUGUCUUACUGAUGCUGUUGGCAGUUUACUGUGUCCAGAAGAAAAAUAAACCUUCAAAGACUCCAGGUUAGAGGACAUUUAGCUGUAGAUCUUCAUGUUUCUCAAUUACUACAAUUUUCCAUGUCAGUCUGUCAGAGAUAUUUAGACGUAAUCUCUCUCUCUCUCUCUCCUCGCUCUCGAUCUCUUUCUCCCUCUCUCGCUUUCUCUGUCUCUCGCUCUAUCAAUUCAAUUUGCUUCAUUGGUAUGACGUAACAAUGUACAUAUUGCCAAAACUUACUUUGGAGAUUUACAAUAUUAACAUAAUGAAAAAAAUAAUAAUCAAUAUUGUCAACGGGACAUCAGUAACAACAAUAAUCAAGGGUCAAACUAACCAUACAUUGAACAAUGGCAUAGAGGACAUGUGCAGGUUGGUUGAUCUGUCAGACAUUGUCCCUCAUCUCUCUCUCUCUCUUUGUCUGUCUUGCUCUCCCUCUCUCUCUCUCACUCUUUGUCUGUCACUCCCUCUCACUCUCUCUGUCUCUGUCUCUGUCUCACUCUCUCGCUCUGUCUCUCUAGUCAUCUCUCUCACCACAGUUAAGGAUGACAGCCAGGAUGUGGAAUACGCUGAUGUCAGGAUACUGAGGAAGGAAAUGAGACAGAAGGAGAGGGAGGCGCCGGUUGAGGUGGAGUAUGGACAAGUGAAAGUGGCGGGGGGUCCCCAGCAGCCGGUGGAGUAUGGACAGAUUACAAUAUUAAAGGGUCCCAGGAUGAAGGUAGACACACCUGAGGAGGACUGUAUGUAUGCCAGUGUACGGAAAGGCCAGUGA